AUGUGCGACAAAGAUUGCCACAUAACUGGGACUAAAUCUGCUUCCAAACAAGCUAGGGGUAGUGACGAGAUCACUUCACCUACGAUCAAGAACGAUUUAGCUGACAUUAAAGCGGCUAUGACUGAGAUGAUGUCCAGUUUUAAGACUGAACUUUUAAGUCACGUUAAUGCGUCGAUAUCUCAGGUUUAUCAAGAUUUUGAGCAAGCGGCAGAUCAAGAAGUUCAGGACGACAGUGUUAGUGCCCCUGAAGCUGGCCCAUUGCCAGAACACAGCGAGGAUAAUCUCGUUGAUAAAAUCGCAAACUUUGCCAAAGACAAGGGUUCACACUCGCAAACAGAUUUGAGCGAGAAUACAGUUUUUAAAACCUUUGUAGAACAGUUCGCUCCGGGUGAGCAAACAGGACCGGCAAUUGACCAUGAUCUUGCCACAAUCGUCAACGAAUUGUUGACUGAGAAGUUAACAAAAGAGAAGCUUGAACCAGUUCAAGAUAAGUAUUUAAAGCCAGAAAAUUGCGAGAAUUUAGUCGCACCAAAAAUUAAUAAACCCAUAUGGCAACAGCUUAAACAGGAGACUAAGAAUACCGAUUCUACAUUUCAAAAAAUUCAACAAUUGGCAUUGUCUUCGCUGUAUGCCGUCUUGCAGGUUUGUAAUAACCUUUCCAGCAAGCAGAAUAUUGAGGAUAGUGUAAUUAUGCUUACACAUUCAAUAGUGCUUUCACUAGCAGCAAAUCGAGAAUUAAAUUUAAAACGGCGAGAUUUACUUCGCUCGGAUUUGAAUAAACAGUACGCUGCUUUAUGUAAUCCAUCUACUCCAGUGUCACAAUAUCUUUUUGGGGAUGACCUAAAUAAGGAGAUGGAAGAUCUUUCAAAAGCUAGCAAGCUCACAAAGAAAGUUACGCCUAGUCAACGUAUGGAACCGUAUCGUCGACCAGUUGGGCGCGCCUCAACCUAUGUACCUUCUCGUUCGAAUAACUACCGGGGUCGUGGCUCGAGAGGUGCUUUUUUAGGGUUCGGCCGAGGGCAAUCCCGAAAUUAUCAGCGGAACAGUCAGAGACAGUCCCAGAAGUAGAAAAUCAGGUAAGUCAUCAAUGUAUACAAAAGUCGAUUAGUAAUUUAAUUCAAAAUCAAGCCACAUUUACAGGUGGCCGGUUGAGAAAAUUUUACGAUGUGUGGAAAAGAUUAACAUCUGAUCAAUUUAUCUUGGAUGUAAUUUCUCAUUGUCAUAUUGAUUUUGAGACUGAGCCUUUUGCUAAUAUCAGUGCAGUGAGACCACAGUGUCAUUUUACUCAUACCGAGCAAUCGAUUAUAGAUGUGGAAAUUGCUAAGCUUUUGAACAAGGAAAUUAUAAAACCUUCUCAAAAUGAAAGUAUUCAAUUUAUUUCUCCUAUCUUCACUACGCCUAAAAAGGAUGGCUCGCAUCGCGUUAUUUUUAAUUUGAAAUCGUUAAAUAAGUCGGUAACUUACUAUCAUUUUAAAAUGGACACUUUAGAAACAGCAAUACGACUUAUGACUCCUUGUUGCUUUAUGACGUCAAUUGAUCUCAAGGAUGCAUAUUAUUCAGUUCCUAUCGCAGCUGAGCAUCAGAAAUAUCUAAAAUUUUUGUGGCGAGAUCAAUUAUACGCCUUUACUUGUCUUCCUAUGGGGCUUACCAGCAGUCCUAGGAUAUUUACCAAAAUUUUGAAGCCAGUGUUUGCGACAUUACGUAGUAAAUUUGGACAUUCAUGUCUAGGUUACAUUGACGAUUCUCUCAAUUUGGGGGAUACUUACACAGAGGCUGAGAAAGCCACUCUGCAUGCUGUUGAAUUACUGAUUUCGCUGGGGUUUAUGAUUCAUCCAGAGAAGUCCAUUAUUACGCCUACACAAAUUAUUGAAUUUUUAGGUUUUGUUUUAAAUUCUAUUCUUAUGAUUGUCAAACUAACCGACAGGAAAGCUGAAAAAAUAACGAAACUUUGUAUUCAUUUUUGUCAUAAGG